GACGAAAGACUGAAACUGGAAGUGGACACUGAUGACUCUAGUCUGAAUUCUAGUGGAGUGAUGGGACCUACGCCAGCUCACAUCGACGGGACUACCGCUCUCCUCUUCCUGCCGCGCCUGCCGUGAAGUGAAGCACAAGAGCCAAACGGCAAGAGACCAAACAAACCAAAUCCAUGGAGCUGUGAGCCUGUGUCUCGCAAGCAAAACAACAACUGCAUUCAGCACAGCCACCUCGAUUUCACGCAUAAAUCCAUUCGCAAGACGAGACGCAGCAGCUUUUGCGCCUUGUACUCUCCUGCUCGUCAAGAAGCGAUGGCGCCGCCGACGCUGUGUCUCCUCGCGGCGGUGCUUCUGCUGCUGCUCUCGUCGGCCGCGACGCAGGAGACUUGCAGUGGGGUCGCGCCGCGGCGCGGGGCGUGGGUGUCCUUGGCGAGCUUCGGCGCCGUUGGGGACGGGCGGACGCUCAACACGGCGGCGUUCGCGCGCGCGGUGGCGCGCAUCGAGCGCCGCCGAGGAGCGCGGGGCGGCACACUGCUGUACGUGCCGCCCGGGGUGUGGCUGACGGGGCCGUUCAACCUCACCUCCCACAUGACGCUCUUCCUCGCCCGCGGCGCCGUCAUCCGCGCCACCCAGGACACGUCCAACUGGCCGCUGAUCGACCCGUUGCCGCCCUACGGGAGGGGGCGCGAGCUGCCCGGAGGAAGAUACAUGAGCUUGAUCCAUGGCAAUGGUCUUCAGGAUGUCUUCAUCACAGGUGAGAAUGGCACCAUCGAUGGCCAAGGCAGCGUGUGGUGGGACAUGUGGAGGAAGCGCACGCUGCUCUUCACCAGGCCGCACCUGCUGGAGCUCAUGUACUCCACCGACGUGAUCAUCUCCGAUGUUGUCUUCAAGGAUUCGCCGUUUUGGAACAUUCACCCAGUUUACUGCAGCAAUGUAGUGAUAGCAAACGUGACUGUGUUGGCACCACGUGACUCUCCGAACACCGAUGGAAUUGAUCCAGAUUCAAGCAGCAAUGUCUGCAUUGAGGACUCCUACAUUUCCACAGGAGACGACUUGAUUUCCAUCAAGAGUGGCUGGGAUGAGUAUGGCAUUGCUUUUGCGCGUCCUAGCUCCGGCAUUACCAUCCGAAGGAUAGCGGGGUCCGGGCCAUUUGCUGGCUUUGCAGUUGGAAGUGAGACCUCUGGUGGUGUGGAGAACAUACUUGUCGAGCACCUGAAUUUCUUCAGCAUGGGGGUCGGUAUCCAUAUCAAGACCAACUCAGGGAGGGGAGGAUUCAUCCGAAACAUCACUGUCUCUGAAGUGACCUUGAAUGGAGCUCGGUAUGGUUUGAGGAUUGCAGGUGAUGUUGGCGGCCACCCUGAUACAUCCUACAACCCAAGUAUGCUUCCUGUUGUUGAUAGCGUGACGAUAAAGAAUGUCUGGGGUCAGAACAUCCGGCAAGCUGGGCUGAUAAGGGGCAUCAAGAACUCGGCUUUCAGUCACAUCUGCUUGUCGAAUGUCAAGCUUUAUGGCGGCACAUCUAUCGGGCCAUGGAAAUGUCGAGCUGUCAGUGGCGCCACACUUGAUGUGCAGCCAUCACCAUGUACAGAGCUGGCUAGUACAUCUGAGGCAGGCUUUUGUACAAAUUAGUUCUGGUUCUUCAGAGUGAAUGUUGUUAAUCUCAGUUUCAUUUAGGCAUAGAAUUCCUUCUGAGAAAUGGCAAUAAGAUGUCAGCAUUCCUCUUUUAUUUGUGGCAGAAAUGCUUGCUGAUUAACUGGAAGCUGUAACUGAAACUAUUAGUUGUGACUUUCCGAUAAUUCAGUACCUUGUUCACAGA